GAAAUACUUCAUUUUCUUAGAAUUUCAUGAGAUUAUAACAUCCUGCAGUUCAGUUUCUGAGAGCUUUGCUGGUUUAUCUUCCUACUCAAACAGAAAACAAGUACUGAUUCCUGCAUUUCUGAAGAUCCCAAGAUCUGGGUUACUGUGGAAAACUUUUUCAGUGAGGCUCACUCAUAUCUUUAGAGAUGGUGAAUGAAUACAAGAAAAUUGUUCUACUGAAAGGAUUAGAGAACAUCAGUGAUUAUCAUUUUAAAGCAAUUAAGUCUUUACUGACCCAUGAUUUAAGACUGACUGGAAAAAUGCGAGAUCAAUUCAACAGAAUUCAGAUUGCUGACUUGAUGGAAGAAAAGUUCCAACACGAUGCCGGUUUGGACAAAUUAAUAGAAUUCUUUGAAGAUAUACCAACACUUAAAGGCCUUGCUAAAACUCUUAGAAAAGAGAAAUUAAAAGUUGUGAAGAACACUAAAUCUGUUUUAGCAAAAGGAAAAAAACCAUCGAAAAAAAGCAAGCAAGGAGAACUGGGUCCUGCUACACUUACACCUACCACAAGCAAAGUUCUCAAAUCCGAAGGAGCAGAGGAAACUCCUGUUGCUCAGAAAAGAAAAAACACAACCACAGAAAAGACUGGAACCAAAAAGAAAAAGGUGCCUGAGGAGCAGAUGCAGCCUCCCUGUCCUGCAGGAGCCAGCACGUCCUCUCCCAUGGGCCAUGCCCCACCUGCCCAGAUCUCAUCACCAGCUCCAUCCAGCACUUCCUCAACUGAGGGAUACUUGAUGAACCAGACACUAUCCCUGACUAUGGGAAGGUUCCUGUCCUGUGUUGUUCUGGGGGAGGGAACGAGGUGUCAGGUCAGGACUGUGCAGGUGGAAGCAGCAGUGGGCUCACUGUCUGCCGCUCCUGUCCCUUUCAUACCUCUCCCCUUUGCUCGCUAA